AUGGUGAAGGAAACCAAUGAUACUAAGAAAAUAGUGGUGCUGUUUGGGAGUGCUAUCAACUGCUGUGAAAUGUUGUGCGGUGCUUUACGAGUGUUGUAUGAGUGUGAUGAAUUUCCACCACACGAGAUGGAGGCCCAACCAUUUUCCUUAAUUUCGGAAAACGAAAAUAUUUGCCGUCCUUCAUACCGGAGCAGGGAGAGUGGUCCAAUACUUCUCAAAAGCGACCCCGUAAUGACACGUGUUUUCAAGUUGGCUCACCCUGGGGGGCCAUUGACCACGAACAAGGCUGCGGCUUUGGCGAAGUUUCUGGAGAGGAAAUUGCAAGACCCUAAUGGGUUGUCUUUCAUUGAUCCCGGUAUUCUUGAUCGUGCUGUUGAAAACGCCAGACACGCUGUCUUCGCAAGUACUUCAAAUUUGGGAAGAUCAAUUCGGCAUGUAACAUCCUUUGGUGACCCUGAGGAGUCAUUUGAAGAAGAAAAUACAGAAAUCUCUAAGCCAAAGAAACAAAAGGAGAAGAAGAAUAAGAAAAGCAAAAAACAGAAGGCAAUCUGGGGUUGAUGGAUGUAUCUUCCC